UAGAACUGACUUCUCAGAGAUGUUGUGAUUUUGUGGCAGUAGAAAUCCGUGGAAGUCACAACAAGACAACUAAUAUGUCAAAUUCAAGAUAUUACGGCAUUCCAAUUAUAUUUUAGGGCUGCAGAUUAAAAUGACAUGAAAACCUGUCGAUCAAGGCCGUUAGCGUUCGUUUUCUGAUUGUCUUCUAUCCGUUGAGGAGGUCUGUUCAUCAUCAUGGCGUACAUGAGUGGUACAACUGGAAGUGAAGGUGCCAAUGUCUUCCUCGAAGUGCUUCAAAAUGAUUUGAAAAAUCUAUCCAUUGAAACGAAGAAGAAAUACCCACAAAUCCGAGAAGCUUGUGAAGAGGGCAUUGUCAAACUGAGGAAUGCUGCGGCUAAUCCCCAGACACCUAUCUACUACAUAGUUAAUCAAAUAUUAUACCCUUUAGUACAAGGUUGUGAAACAAGAGAGCAAAAAAUAGUCAAAAUAUGUCUAGGUAUGAUUCAAAAACUAAUAACUCAACAAGCUGUUGACCAGAAAGGUGCUCGAUAUAUAACUGACACAUUAUGGAUGUUAAUGGAAUCUGGAACAGAAGAAGUAAAAGUUUUACAAAGUGUCACACUACUUUUAACAACAAAUGCUGUUGUUCAUGGUGAUACGCUGGCUCGAAACUUAGUCCUAUGUUUCCGCCUACAUUUUACAAAAGAUUCAACUACUAUAAACACAGCAGGAGCCACAGUUAGACAACUUGUAUCACUUGUAUUUGAGAGAGUUGUGGCUGAAGAUGAACAAUUUAGAGAAGCAGAUGCUGGCAAAACUGAAGUGAACCUGGAGGAAUUGAAAAUGCCAAGUAAUAAUGCACCUAAAGGUUUGCGACCAUGUGCUGGUGAUGCAUAUUUAAUGUUCCAGGAUCUUGUUCAACUUGUUAAUGCUGACCAACCUUACUGGCUGGUGGGCAUGACUGAAAUGACAAGAACUUUUGGCCUUGAAUUGUUAGAGUCAGUUCUAACAAAUUUUUCCUCUGUUUUCUUUCAACAUCCGGAGUUUAGCUUUCUCUUGAAAGAACGAGUGUGUGCAUUAGUGAUCAAACUUUUCUCCCCCAAUAUCAAGUACAGAAGUUCUGUGCCAGCAAGUGUUCAGCAAGCAACCCCAUUAGACAAGCCGUAUUUCCCCAUCAGCAUGCGUCUACUUAGGGUUGUGUCCAUUCUAAUUCAGAAAUAUCACAGCCUGUUAGUUACCGAGUGUGAAAUAUUCCUCUCACUCAUUGUCAAGUUUCUCGACCCUGACAAACCUCCCUGGCAGCGCUCUCUAGCUCUGGAGGUCCUCCAUAAAAUGGUAGUCCUCCCAGAUCUGCUCAAGUCCUUCUGUGAGUGCUACGACCUGAAGCCCCACUCUACCAACAUCUUCCAAGACAUAGUCAACUCUCUGGGAGCAUACGUUCAGUCUCUGUUCGUCAACCCCCAGCUGAUGGGCCAGGGCACGACCGUGGGUGGGCAGGUGCCCAUUGCUCAAGGCCAGCCGCCCUCGCUCCUCGCUGGCAUGCCCGUGGGUCCUGGAGUCAGCCCCCAGCCGGGCUUCUUCUCCAGGGGCGUCUGGCUGCCCAUUGUCAUCACGUACAGCAGCGGCCAGACCAAGUCCAUCUACCUGGACAUGCUGGAGAAGGGCGAGCCCCCCUCCAUCCCGGACGGCUACGGCAUCUCCGUGGCGUACGCCUGCCUGCUGGAGAUCAUCCGCUCCAUCUCCAUCACGAUCGAGGGCCUGCCUCCGCCCGGGCCGCCCGCCGAGGAGAACGACAACACCGUGACGGACAAGGGCCCCGCGCCCGAGGGGACGACGGCCCCGCCCACGGAGGAGGACCGCCAGCUGCACGCCCAGCUCAUCAACUCGAGUUGGUGUGGGCUCCUCGCCGCGCUCAGCCCCCUCGUGGACGCCAGCACGGAUGAGUCGGCCUCGGAGAAUGUGCUCAAGGCCAUCCAGACCUUUGCCAGCCUCUGCGGCGCCCUGGAUCUUCAUGUUCCGCGAGAUGCAUUCAUCACGGCGAUCUGCAAGGCGUCGCUGCCGCCGCACUACGCGCUGACGGUGCUCAACGCCGCGCACCAGGGCGUGCCGGGCCGGGGCCACUCGCCGUCCGCCAGCCAGGACCUGGGCACGCAGCAGCAGCAGUACAGCCACCACUACAACAGCGAGUCGGACUACCGCCAGCAAGUGGUGGCGGUCGGCACGCCUCUGCCCACGUCAUCGGUGCCCAUCGGCGUGCAGCAGGGCCCCGUCAUGCUCACGGCCAAGAACCUGCAGUGCAUGCGCGCGCUCCUGAGCCUGGCGCACUGCCACGGCAGCAUCCUGGGCACGUCGUGGCACCUGGUGCUCACCACGCUGCAGCACCUCGUCUGGAUCCUGGGGCUGAAGCCGGCCACGGGCGGCAGCCUCAAGGCGGGCCGCACCACGGCCGACUCCAACGCCGUCAUCACGACGGCCGUCAUGGCCGACCUGCCCGUGCUGAGCCAGAUGCUGAGCCGUCUGUUCGAGUCGAGCCAGUACCUGGACGACGUGGCACUGCACCACCUCGUGGACGCGCUCUGCAAGCUGUCGCACGAGGCCAUGGAGCUGGCCUACUCGAACCGCGAGCCGUCGCUGUUCGCCGUCGCCAAGCUGCUGGAGACGGGGCUGGUGAACCUCCCCCGCGUGGAGGUGCUGUGGCGGCCGCUCACCAACCACCUGCUGGAAGUGUGCCAGCACCCGCACAUCCGCAUGCGCGAGUGGGGCGUGGAGGCCAUCACGUACCUGGUGCGCGCGGCGCUGCAGCACAAGCACACGCCGCCGCUGCGCGACAACCAGCGCCUGCAGACGCUGCUGCUGGGCCCGCUGGCCGAGCUGUCGGCCGUGCCGCACGGCGACGUCCGCCAGAGGCAGCUCGAGUGCGUGCUGCACGCGCUGCACGGCGCCGGCGAGACCCUCUCGCACGGCUGGCCCCUCGUGCUGGGCAUCAUUGGCGCUGUCUCGGACCACCACGGCGAGAACCUGAUCCGCGUCGCCUUCCAGUGCCUGCAGCUCGUCAUGACUGACUUCCUCCCCGUGAUGCCGUGGCGGUGCCUGCCCCAGUGCAUGGCCACCGCCGCAAAGUUCGGCUCGCAGACGCAGGAGCUCAACAUCUCGCUCACGGCCGUCGGCCUCAUGUGGAACAUCUCGGACUUCUUCUUCCAGAACCAGGAGAAGCUGUGCGCCUCCCUGUCCGGCGACGCGACCGUCUUUCCCGAGUUCCCGGGCACGCCGAACAUGCCCCCUUUCGAUAAGCUGUGGAUGUGCCUGUUCGCGCGGCUCGGCGACCUCUGCGUCGACCCGCGGCCGGCUGUGCGCAAGUCGGCCGGGCAGACGCUCUUCUCCACCAUCUCGGCGCACGGCAGCCUGCUGCAGCCGCCCACCUGGCAGCCCGUGCUGUGGCAGGUGCUGUUCCCGCUGCUGGACAAGGUACGCAGUCUCUCCGGGGCGGCGAGCAGCGAGAAGGUGGACACCGGCGGCAACAUCCUCAUCCACCACUCGCGCAACACGGCGCAGAAGCAGUGGGCCGAGACCCAGGUGCUGACGCUGUCGGGCGUGGCGAGGGUCUUCAACACGAAGCGCGCCCUGCUGCUGUCGCUCGGCGACUUCCCCCGCGCCUGGUCGCUGCUGCUCGAGUUCGUGGAGCACGCCGCGCUCAACAAAAACAACGAGGUGUCGCUGGCGGCGCUCAAGGCAUUCCAGGAGGUGCUGUACGUCAACAAGCAGGGCAGCAAGGCGGAGGACGCCGGCGGCGCCCCGAGCACCAACGGCAUCUCGCCGUCGGACGAGGCUAACGUGUGGGGCGUUGCGUGGCGCGUGUGGCUGGGCAUCGGCACGGAGAGCACGGCCCCGGCCGCGCCGUGCGGCGCGCCGGACGACGCCUACGUGCCCUCGCAGGCCUUCCUCACCGCCCUCAUCCAGAUCUUCCCCGCCGUGUUCGCCCACGUGCGCUCCGACUUCGGCGUCGACGACCUGGAGCGGCUGUGCACCGUGCUGCGGCACAUGGUGACGGUGCCGGUCCAGGGCGACGCCUCUCUCUUCCUCCUGCCCGCGUCCGCCAUGGCGUCGUCGGCGACCUCGGACUCGACGCUGUCGCCCCUCCAGGAGGGCGUGGUGCACUGCGUGCGGCUGCUGCAGGAGCAGGCGCUCGCCGCCCUGGCCGCUGACUCGGGCGCCAUGGUUACGGCGCUGCUCCGGCAGCUACUGUGGUUCAGCCGGCUGGCCUGCCAGCGCGGCGACGUCCAGCGCGACGCGGCAUCGAGCUUCGUGCCGUUCGGCGAGAAGAUGCUCACCCUGGUCGUGUCCCUGUACGAGGAGACGGCCGAGGAGACGGCCGUCGUGGAAGGUAGCGUGCUGCAGCAGGUCGUGGAGGCCCUGGGCGUGCCGCUGUCGCUCAAGUACCGCUGCCCCUCCGCGUCCACCUGGCAGCUGGGUGUGACGUGCCUCCUGGCCACCCUGCACCGGGGGCUGCCCCUGGCCCGGCGUCAGCAGUACUCCAAGCACUACGCCGGCAUGUGGCCCGUCCUGGCCGACGCUCUGGAUCACUUCCUGUUCCCCCAGGAGCCGCCCCCCAACGAGGACAUACAGGCCGACGAGGCGGUGGACUGCCAGGUGAUCGAGCUCCUCCGCGACGAGGUGCUGCCGUACUCUCAGCAUGUGCCGAAGGAGUUCGUGCUGCGCGUCGUGGUGCUCCUCAACAAGGGCUCGAUCCACUCGGCCACCGCCUGCGCCGCCUCGGCCGCGCCCUCCCCUGCCACCAACGACGCCGAGACGGAGCUCAAGCUGCGCGAGGAGUUCGCCAAGACGUGCUUCGAGACGCUGCUGCAGUUCUCGCUGCUGGACGGCGUGGAGCCCGAGCUCGUCCGCGACACGGAAGGUGGUCUGGCCGGGCGCCUGGCCGUCACGGCACUGCUGCACCGCUUCCAGGACGUGCUGUGCCGGUACGUGGAGGACGAGCGUCAGAGCGGGAGUUGCCCGCUGCCCCGGUACCGCCUGUCCGAGAUAUCCUUCGUGCUCAAGGCCGUGGCCACCCUCGUCAUGUCCCUCAAAAAGGCCCACCCGGGCAAGGUGGACCGGCUGUCCUGGGAACAGCUCAUCGGCCUCUAUCCGCACCUCGUCAACUGCACGACCACGGCCUCGACGCAGGUGUCUCGCUCUCUGAGGGAGGCCCUGCUGCAGUACCGAGACCUGCUUCAGCCGCCUGGCUCGGCCCCAACGCCCGCCGUGCACCUCACCAACGGGGUGUGACGGGCCGAAUGAGUGAGAAAUGUGAUACGACGUCAUAUCUUAACGGGUCUCAUUCUGUUUCCCGAAGUUUAGGGCAUAGGGUGGGAGCAGGAAGUUUCAUUGUUUUGAGUCAGCCGGUCACAAUGUUGAAUGGGUUGGACUUUUCAUGGAUCGAUUACCUUAGAACAAUAUUGAUUUGUGGCCCCUUUUUCGUAGUGAGUAUUAUGUAAGUACUAUAGUCAUGCCAUAGUAUUUUAGGGCUCACUUUGUUUUUCAUCUUUUAAAUGUUAUCAGAUGGAGACCAGGCCAUUAUUUAACUUUUCCACCUGGCAUAUUCAAUUGGUGAUAUUAGAUAAUAUUAAUUGUGAUUUUCUCCCAUGUAAAUUGUGUACAGUAUGUUUAUUUAGUUUUAAAAUCUUUAGGCAUGAGCAGAGUGUUCUGCUCUCAAUUUCGGAUGUGAUUACUGUGAAGGGGAUCAGAGGCCAUACUGAAAGGCUGGUCAAAUCUUACCCUUACCUUGUACAUUGUUACCACCUUUUUUGAGCCACCCGAAGACUGGCGCCUCACUUUCCCACACAGUAUGUGUACUGAGUAGAAAACUUCUUUUGUACUUUUCAAUAUAACGUGCGGUUGUAAUGAGAUAAAGUAGGCCUAGCCCUAGCAUGGUAUCAGGGUGUUCACUAUUCAUAAUAUUGCUCCUUUAUCAAAACAACAGGCUUAGAACUAUACCAAUCAGCUGAAAUUGAUUUGUUUUGUUGAUGCUUAUCACUGGAGUAUCAAUGGCAAAUUUUCUUCAAUGAAAACGUCUGCCCCUUUUUGCCUCUGGGACCUUUCAUGAUUGUACUGUAAGGUAAGAUUUACUAUAUUUGUUAUUGUUGAUUGUUUAAAAUGUAAUUAAGAGCUUUGCUUUUACAAUGUUUCUGUUUUUAAUAUCUGCUCUUCCAAUUUGUUGUUUUUGUCUUGAAGAAUUUUUUUGUUAAAGUUUUUUUUUCCUUCAUUGAAAGUCUAAUUGAUUGGUCCUUUUUCAUACAAUUUUCAGAAGAAUUGUUCUCUAUAGCUUAUUUAUACCUAAUUUUUGCUGCAUAAACCCAAAGACAUGAUGCCCUUUUGUUCAUCCUCCUUAUCUGCUGUAUUCACUACAAAUUAUUUAUCUGAAACUUAAAAUAAAUGUUGACUGCUGUCGUUCCGUUUAAGAAUCUUGGUUCCUCCAAUUUAACUUUCGAUGGAUAAGGGCAUAAAGCAAAAGAUCAUAUAGUUUAUAUCUCGCCUCAAAUGUCUUAAGCAUUUCAUGUUUCCAUAGUCGGCAAUAUUUUUAUCCCACUUGACAUUCCUAUGACAACCACCUAUAGAUUUUAAGUCUUGCUUUAUCCAUUUCUGAUCUUUUCGUUUUAAUUUGACAAGUAAUACUAGUCAAAAUGGAUCAGCUUUUGAUGUCAGCUGUAUAUGAAUUUUAACAUUGAUUGCACAUCAUGAGUGUGAUCCGAGAAUUGUGUAUUUUUAUUUUUUUUGCUGAGUGUCAGUGUAAAAAUAUGCAAAGGGCAGCCAAAAAUGUACCAUAACAAUAAAAGUUAAAGUAUUAAACUUCAA